AUGAGCUCUUCAUACGAUUUGUGCGAGGGCAAUGUCAACCACAUUACGUCGUGGGUCGUUGUCAUGCGUGGCUGUGCUCGAUUUUGCAUCACCGUCCACCUUGGUCAAAUCCAGGGAACAGAUUUCGAGAAGCAGUUGAGGACUGAGAUCAAGAGGCAUACGAUAAGUGUUCUGCAGGGCUCGACGCCAUCCUACGAACCGCAUCAUAGUAUCUGCAAGCUAUGUCUACCCCUACUGUUGGAGCUGGCUCGAACGAAAUCCGUGAGCGGCCUUUCACUGGAAGAUUUUGUGAACGCACCGAACUACAAUUUAGAGCUUGUCGGCAACGGCUCACAGGCUCGAAUCCUUGGUGGAGAGACAUGUUCAUAUGCACCUGUUUUGGACCUGUGCCCCAUGAAGUUGACCGACAUACCCCGAGUAUGCAGGAAGGAACUCCCGCUCUUCUACGCUAGAUCUAUCAGAGCCAAUAUAGACAAUCAGGAUCCGCUGGGAACGACACAAGGAAGAAUCUCAACUAUUGAUGGAAGAAUCAUGUACUUCAAACCGCGAGAGUCCGCACGCGAACAGCAGUUCGACAGAGAAUUACAGAUACUGCUCUUAAUCAAGUCCAGAGGUUUAAUCGAACGCCAUACGAGGGUACCAUGCAUACAAGGCGUUGUGAUAUCCGGCAGUUCGACGGUAGAUGAAGCAGAGCUGGACGAUCAGGGGCAGUGCAUUGGUGUACUUCUCAAUUUUGUCCCACUGGGGAUGAGCCUUUUGAGUCCCCAGUACUGGGAUCUCCACAGUUUGCACGAGAAGUGGGAAUUGCAAGUAACAGAAAUCUUAGAAGAGUUGCAUGCCAACGAUGUGAUUUGGGGAGAUGUGAACCCUGGCAAUGUCGUUAUUGAUGAGUCGAUGGACGCAUGGGUAAUUGACUUUGGUGGAAUGAACAAUCCCGAGUUCGUGGAUGACGGCAACGCUGAGUCCAUAGCAGGCGACUGGCAAGGGGUGAGAAGACUUUUCAGGGAAUGGCUGCCUCGUCGUAGAUUAAAUAUUCCUCUUUAG